UCAGUAAGCCAGAGGCAAGGAGAAAACCUUAAGGAGCAUUUCAGCCCUGAGAAAAAAACAGCCAUGAAAACUUCAUUUCUGGUGCUGCUGCUUUCUGUUGCCUAUUGCUCAGCUUUCCCUGCAGAAUUCACCAAGGACAUUGAAGAAGACGAUGCAAAGUUUGCUGAAGACUAUUUAAAAAAAUACUACAACAUGCAGACGAAUGGAGGACGCCAGGCCAGAAAGAAGACCAGUCAGCUUUCAGAGAAAAUCAGUGAAAUGCAAAAGUUUUUUGGCCUGGAAGUGACAGGGAAAUUGGACACGAACACUAUGGAAAUUAUGCACCAGCCAAGGUGUGGGUUUAUCGACGUGGGACAAUUCAGCACCUUCCCAGGAAACUCUGGCUGGAGGAACAGAGAUCUAACAUACAGAAUUUUGAACUAUACACCAGACAUGACCAGAUCGGAGGUGGAUGUAGCUAUUCAGAGAGCUUUCCAGGUUUGGAGUGACGUUGCCCCCUUGACUUUCACCCGAGUCUUUGAUGGAGCUUCUGAUAUUGAGAUUUCCUUUGCAGCACAAGUUCAUAAUGAUUUCUACCCAUUUGAUGGCCAACACGGAACACUGGCACAUGCCUUUGCCCCUGGCACUGGAAUUGGUGGAGAUGCUCAUUUUGAUGAGGAUGAGUCAUGGACAAGUGGAUCUAAUGGGUAUAACUUGUUCCUUGUGGCUGCUCAUGAAUUUGGCCAUUCCCUUGGUCUCUUACACUCCAACGACCCUAGCGCCCUGAUGUACCCAACCUACCAUUUUACCGAGCCCAGUGAAUUCCACCUUCCUGAAGAUGACAUCAAUGGAAUUCAGUCACUCUACGGGGCGAGAGAAAUUCCUGUUCAGCCAACUGUACAGCCAAAUGAACCAAGCAACCCAUCCACCUGCCAGCCAAACAUUACCUUUGAUGCCGUAACGACUCUACGCGGGGAAAUCUUAUUCUUCAAGGAGAAAACUUUCUGGCGACAAAUUUCCCAGGAUUCAGAAGUUGAGCAUCAUUUAAUCCACUCUUUCUGGCCCUCAGUCCCAAAUCACAUACAGGCUGCUUAUGAGUAUGCGGAAAAGGACCAAGUUCUUGUCUUUAAAGGUGCAAAAUACUGGGUUAUAAGUGGUUAUGAAGUUACAAAGGAUUCUCCAAAGAGCAUUUACGAGUUGGGUUUUUCACGGAUUGUUAGGAAAAUUGAUGCCGCCGUCCAUGAUGAAUCAACAGGAAAAACAUAUUUCUUUGUAGGCGACAAUUAUUGGAGUUUCGAUGAGCAAAAACAGAGGAUGGAUGCUGGAUCACCUAAGAAAAUAAUAGACAGCUUCCCAGGUGUUGGAACCAAAAUUCGCUCUGCUUUUCAAAAAAAUGGGUUCCUCUAUUUCUUUGACGGACAUCGUCAGUACGAGUUCAGCACUGCUAAAAGGAGAGUCACACGUCUGCUAAAGAACAACAGCUGGCUGAAAUGUGGAAGUGAAAAUAAAAUAAAGAAGGUUAAUAACCUGAAAAAAAAUUCCAGGAAUUAACUUAAAUGUUCAGGUUGCAUUUUGUUAUUUAAAUCCCUUGUAUACCUACAAGAUGUGAUUGUUUUAUAGAUUUUCUGUUUUGUCAUUUCUUGUUUUUACCUGUUUUUUACUUUUUUGUUUCACAUACAAAAAAACAAACAGCGUUUAAAUGUUAUUUAAAUUGAUUUUUUAUCAAUAAGAUGUGAUAUUGCUUCCAAUAUUACGUAUUUAAUAAAAUAAAACUUUAUUUUA